AGGUAGUGUGGGGACAUGCUAUCGAGACUGGAGUCGGCUACCAAUCGUCCAUCCACAACAACAACGUGUCGCAUAAUUAUUUUUCCUCUUGUUUAUAAAAUUCAGCGCAAUAAAUUGUAAAUACACUGCACGAUUUUUCCAAACCGAAUAAGCAACAAAAGCAAACGGCUUGCGUUGGAGGAGCGCAUCAACGGGAUCACGAAUUUCAGCAACGAACGGGAAAAUCAUUUGUUGUGAAGAGUUAUUAAUUAGGCGAAAUAACCGAUCGAAGUGCAAAGUAAACCCCCAAAAAGCGACAGAUUAUCCAUUAAGUGCAAAUUUUGCAAGAUUCUCACAUACAUAACGGUCACGACAUAACGGUCGCUACCCUCGAACAAACCAACAAGUAUUAAGGAAGGAAGGAAGGAGUGGACAUUAACAGACGGAUUAAGAUAUUCUACAACAAUGGCUGCCAAUAACUUGCGACAAAUCCCGCUGACCUGCAGUGGACACACACGACCCGUGGUCCACCUGGACUUCAGUGACAUCUGCGACAGCGGCUACUUUCUCAUCUCGGCCUGCAAAGAUGGCAGCCCGAUGCUGCGGCAUGGCGACACCGGCGACUGGGUGGGCACCUUCGAGGGUCACAAGGGAGCCGUAUGGAACGCCACCCUGAACCGAAAUGCCACUUUGGCUGCCUCGGGAGCGGCUGACUUCACCGGCAAGGUGUGGAAUGCGGUGAGCGGCGCCGAGAUUCAUAGCUUUCAGCACAAGCACAUCGUCAAGAGCGUGGCCUUUGACAUGGAUUCCGAGAACAUAGUGACUGGCAGCAACGAGAAGCUGGUGAGGGUUUUCAACCUGGAGCAGCCCGAGGCACAGCCGGAGGAGUACGCCGGACACACGGGGGCCAUCAAGCGGGCGCUCUUCUGCCGUGGGGAUAAGUGCAUCAUCUCGGCGGCUGAGGACAAGACAGUGCGACUGUGGGAUCGCAUGACGGGCAUCGAGGUGCAGCGCCUGCAGUUCAACAGCAAUCCGAACAGCUUGGAGAUCUCAAGCGACAACCAUAUCCUGACCAUAUCGCAUGGCUCCUCGAUUAGCUUCUGGGAAAUCGACACGCUGAAGAAGCUGAAGGAGGUGAAAGUGCCGACGAACGUGUCGUCGGCCAGUUUGCAUCCGGAUAAACAUGUCUUCGUUUGUGGUGGCGAGGACUUUAAGAUGUACAAAUUCGAUUAUAUCACAGGAAACGAAAUUGAAUCAUUCAAAGGCCACUUUGGACCGGUGCACAGCGUGAAGUUCAGCCCAGAUGGCGAGCUAUACGCCAGCGGCUCCGAGGAUGGCACUCUGCGUCUGUGGCAGACCACCGUGGGCAAGACCUACGGCCUCUGGAAGUGCACAGAGCCCACGGAUAUGGGCAAUUCCCUCAAUUCGCCGCGCGAGGUCCAGGCGAACUGAUGUUGGCGCAGCAGGAGUCGCUGCUACACAGCCCACGCUGCACCGGCGACGCAACGCAAGGGCACGUGAUUCGGAGCUACGGCUGAGAUCCAAUUAUCAAAAGAACAACUCGUAAUGUGGGCUACAAUAACGAUUCUUCAUAUUCCAACGCUGAACUCUCUCAUUGGCAUUAAAUGAUAAUCACACACAAAACUACAUUGUGAAAUGCAAUAGAAAUAAAUAACUUAAGUGUCUCA